AAUAUAUGUAUUAAUAUAAAACAUGACACGUAUUUCUUUUUUUCAGGAGACAGCGGUUACCCAUUAGAACUAUGGUUGUUUACUCCAUUCGGGAAUCCAAAUGAAAAUACUCCCGAAGCAAGAUUCUACACGGAAUUAACUUCUGUUCGAAACGUUAUUGAAAGGAUUAACGGCAUUUUAAAAGGACGUUUUAGAUGCCUUUCUAGACAUAGAACAUUGUUAUAUCAUCCUACUCGAGCGACAAAUAUUAUUUAUACUGGUUGUGUGCUCCAUAACAUUGCAUUAAAUGCAGGAUUAAUAUUACCUGAGGACGAUAUUGAGUACAGAGAUCCUGUUAAUUUGUUUGAUAAUAACGCUGGAGAUGCAGGCAAUGAUGCAUAUAAUUUAGGAAGAGUAGCUAGAAUAGCGUACAUACGAAAUAAUUUAUAAGUAAUAUUUAUUUUAUCAUUUGUGCUUACAAUAAACAUUGUACAUGUAUUGUAUAUACAAAAAAUAAAUAAUGUCUGUCGUCAUUUGUAUUAACAAAUAAACAUUGUAUAUACAAAAAAUAAAUAAUACUUUUAUUGUAAUGAACGUUAAGUUAAAACAAUGUGAUUGCACAUCUGAUAUUACAGUCAAAUGAAAUAAAGUAUACUUAAAAAUCAAA